CACACCCACCUCUCUUAUACACUGGGUUAAAGGCAUCAAGAGCAUUCUUUGCAGACAUGUGCCCCUGUCACUCAUGCACAUCCAGCCACACAACUACACCACACACCCACUAGUGUUUCCACUGUGUCCUCUGUGUUCCCAGCACAAGGCUGGCACACUGCUCUGUUAGUCUUUUGAACACAGCCAGUCUCACUGCUGCUUGGAGCAAGAAGCUGAAUAACAUUACUCAAUCAUCUCCAGGUCUGUUACGUUUUUUGUGUAGAUUUGUUUUUUUUUUAGUUUUUAAAAACCCAUAGAUUGUUUGUGUUUUUGGUGGAAAACAGAGUAGAGACAGUCAUCCAGUGUGUAUUGGCAGUUCAGAAGAAGUCUUGAACUAAGUCUUCUAAAAUGGCCCCUGUGAAAGGCUGGGUAGUGGGGCUCCUGCUGGUUCUCCUGUGCCAAUCCCAGGUCCCCCUCUCGGGAGUCGUGAGUGCCCAGGAUGUGGCUGAAUUAGAGCAAGGCCUCCAUGCCAGAAAUGUUGAGGAGGUUGUGGCUGAAGAGGGCCUAAUGGCGGAGGAUGCGGAUGAGGAACAGGUAGCCGAGGAGGAUGGAGACGAAGAAGAUGAAGAAUCAGACGAUGAGGCAGAAACGGAUGAUCAGGAGGAAGAAGGCGAGGAUGUUGAGGAGGAAGAGGAGACCGCUGACGAGGAAGAGGAGGACGCUGAGGAGGAAGAGGAGGACGCUGAGGAGGAAGAGGAGACCUCUGAGGAGGAAGAGGAGACUGCUGAGGAGGAUGAGAAUGCUGAGGAGGAAGAGGACGCUGGGGAGAAAAAAGGGACUGCUGAGGAAGACGAGGCUGAAGAAGAGGAAGCAGAGCAAGAUGAAGAAGAGGCAACUGAGGAAGAGGAGGAGGAUGCUGAAGAAGAGGGGGAGAAGGAGGAAGAAGAGGCUGCUGAGGAGGGAGAGGAGGAUAAUGCUCAAAAAGAGGAGGAGAAAGAAGAGGCAGCAGAGGAGGAAGAGGAUGAUGCUGAAGAAGAGAAGGAGAAGGAGGCAGCAGCUGAGGAGGAAGAGGAGGGUGAUGCUGAAGAACAGGAACACGAGGAAGAGGGGGAGGAGGCUGCAGAUGAGGAAGAAGAGGACAAUGCUGAAGAGGAGAAGGCUGAUGAGGCAGCAGCAGAGGAGGAGGAGAAUGAUAAUGCAACAACUGAAGCAGAGGAGUUAGCUGAGGAGGCUGAUGAUGCUGAGGAGGAGGAAGAGGAUGGGAAUGACUCUGAGGAGGAGGAAACAACUGAAGCAGAGGAAGAUGACGAAGAUGACCCAGCAGAUGACACAGCAGAUGAAGAAGAGCCUGCAACUGACCUGAUGAAAUUCCACUCGGGUUCUUUGUGUAGUGUUUGCUCAAUCUGUGAGUACUGCUCUAAAAACUGUGACAAUUGUCCCUGUGAAGAUGAUGAGUCCGAUCACUGUGAGCACUGCCAAGAAUGCUCAUCUUGCUACAUUUGCCCCAUACUAUGUGACACCAUUUGCACACCAGGUGGCUUUGUUGAUGAGCUAACUGGAACCCUCUUUCAGACAGUUGCCUCUCUACUCUGAGUAACCUGAAGACUGUGCUCUUUAAUGCCACCCUGCAGGCUGCACAAGGUACAGCGCCCUGGAUUGGAACUGCUUAUGGCUCUCCAGCAACAUGGGGAUUCCCACAUGAGCUUGUCAUGAAUCUGACAGCUGACAGAAAUAUAAAAACACUUCUAGGUAUUAACUCAUGUUUAGCUAAGAUGUUUCACUUGCCUUGUUACAAGAGCUA